AUGGGAAAGGAGCAACAGAAGCAGAAGAUCUGUUCCCCCUCCGACGGCUGCCCCACCCUCCGACGGCUGUCCCCCCUCCGACGGCUGCCCCACCCUCCGACGGCUGCCCACCCUCCGACGGCUGCCCACCCUCCGACGGCUGUCCCCCCUCCGACGGCUGUCCCCCCUCCGACGGCUGCCCCACCCUCCGACGGCUGCCCACCCUCCGAGGGCUGUCCCCCCUCCGACGGCUGCCCACCAUCCGACGGCUGUCCCCCCUCCGACGGCUGUCCCCCCUCCGACGGCUGUCCCCCCUCCGACGGCUGUCCACCCUCCGACGGCUGCCCACCCUCCGACGGCUGUCCCCCCUCCGACGGCUGCCCACCCUCCGACGGCUGUCCCCCUCCGACGGCUGUCCACCCUCCGACGGCUGCCCCCCUCCGACGGCUGCCCCCCCCUCCGACGGCUGCCCACCCUCCGACGGCUGCCCACCCUCCGACGGCUGUCCCCCCUCCGACGGCUGUCCACCCCUCCGACGGCUGCCCCCCUCCGACGGCUGCCCCCCCCUCCGACGGCUGUCCACCCUCCGACGGCUGCCCCCCUCCGACGGCUGCCCCCCCCUCCGACGGCUGCCCACCCUCCGACGGCUGUCCCCCCUCCGACGGCUGCCCACCCUCCGACGGCUGUCCCCCCUCCGACGGCUGUCCACCCUCCGACGGCUGCCCCCCUCCGACGGCUGCCCCCCCCUCCGACGGCUGCCCACCCUCCGACGGCUGCCCACCCUCCGACGGCUGUCCACCCUCCGACGGCUGUCCACCCUCCGACGGCUGUCCCCCCCUCCGACGGCUGUCCCACCCUCCGACGGCUGUCCCACCCUCCGACGGCUGCCCACCCUCCGACGGCUGUCCCCCCUCCGACGGCUGCCCCCCUCCGACGGCUGCCCACCCUCCGACGGCUGCCCACCCUCCGACGGCUGUCCCCCCUCCGACGGCUGUCCACCCUCCGACGGCUGCCCACCCUCCGAUGGCUGCCCACCCUCCGACGGCUGUCCCCCCUCCGACGGCUGUCCACCCUCCGACGGCUGCCCACCCUCCGACGGCUGUCCCCCCUCCGACGGCUGUCCACCCUCCGACGGCUGCCCCCCUCCGACGGCUGCCCACCCUCCGACGGCUGUCCCCCCUCCGACGGCUGCCCCCCUCCGACGGCUGUCCACCCUCCGACGGCUGUCCACCCUCCGACGGCUGUCCACCCUCAGACGGCUGUCCACCCUCCGACGGCUGUCCCCCCUCCGACGGCUGUCCCACCCUCCGACGGCUGCCCACCCUCCGACGGCUGUCCCACCCUCCGACGGCUGUCCCACCCUCCGACGGCUGUCCCCCCUCCGACGGCUGUCCCACCCUCCGACGGCUGCCCACCCUCCGACGGCUGUCCCACCCUCCGACGGCUGUCCCACCCUCCGACGGCUGUCCACCCUCCGACGGCUGUCCACCCUCCGACGGCUGUCCCACCCUCCGACGGCUGUCCCACCCUCCGACGGCUGUCCACCCUCCGACGGCUGUCCACCCUCCGACGGCUGUCCCACCCUCCGACGGCUGCCCACCCUCCGACGGCUGUCCCACCCUCCGACGGCUGUCCACCCUCCGACGGCUGUCCCACCCUCCGACGGCUGUCCACCCUCCGACGGCUGUCCACCCUCCGACGGCUGUCCCACCCUCCGACGGCUGUCCACCCUCCGACGGCUGUCCACCCUCCGACGGCUGUCCACCCUCCGACGGCUGUCCACCCUCCGACGGCUGUCCCACCCUCCGACGGCUGUCCACCCUCCGACGGCUGUCCACCCUCCGACGGCUGUCCCACCCUCCGACGGCUGUCCCACCCUCCGACGGCUGUCCCACCCUCCGACGGCUGUCCCACCCUCCGACGGCUGUCCCACCCUCCGACGGCUGUCCCACCCUCCGACGGCUGUCCCCCUCCGACGGCUGUCCCACCCUCCGACGGCUGCCCACCCUCCGACGGCUGUCCCACCCUCCGACGGCUGCCCACCCUCCGACGGCUGCCCACCCUCCGACGGCUGCCCACCCUCCGACGGCUGUCCCACCCUCCGACGGCUGUCCCACCCUCCGACGGCUGUCCCCCUCCGACGCAUCUGGGAAAAGUACGGUUCCAAUAUCCUUGUCUUACUGA